AUCAAAUUCUGAUUCCUCCUCCUCCGGACUAAACAUCAUCGUGUUCCUCCGCUUCCUUCUUCGUCGCCGUUCUUCAGAUUUUCUUUCACUCUUCUGCUCAAAACUCAAAAGUUGGUCUCUCUCUUUACAAUUCAUUCACCAACACCAAACAGAGCCGCGUAAAGAGAGAGUGAUAAGAGGAUCUCAAGAACUUGUCUUGUUUUUUUUUUUUUUUGUAUCAAUGCCGUAUUUUAUUCAGAGGCUUUUCAAUACUUGCAAGUCAUCUCUCUCACCUAACGGACCUGUCUCUGAGGAAGCCUUAGACAAGGUUCGCAACGUGUUGGAGAAAAUCAAGCCGUCUGAUGUUGGUCUCGAACAGGAAGCUCAGUUAGUGCGUAACUGGUCUGGUCCUGGGAACGAGCGUAAUGGAAACCAUAAUUCUCUACCAGCAAUAAAGUACCUUCAUUUACAUGAGUGUGACAGCUUCUCGAUUGGAAUUUUCUGCAUGCCACCUUCGUCAAUCAUACCACUUCACAACCAUCCAGGCAUGACAGUGCUAAGUAAGCUCGUUUACGGUUCAAUGCACGUGAAGUCAUAUGAUUGGGUUGAGCCUGAUUCAUCAGAGCUUGACGAUCCAUUACAAGCAAGACCUGCAAAGCUGGUGAAGGAUACUGAUAUGACAGCUCCUUGCCCAACAACCACACUAUAUCCAACAACAGGCGGCAACAUCCAUUGUUUCAAAGCCAUUACUCAUUGUGCAAUCUUUGAUAUUUUAUCUCCUCCAUACUCGUCUACUCAUGGAAGACAUUGUGACUACUUCCGGAAAUCCCCAUUACAGGACUUGCCUAGUGAGCUUGAAGUGACGAAUGGAGAAGUGAUCUCAAAUGUGACAUGGCUUGAGCAGUAUCAACCUCCAGAUAACUUUGUGAUAUUGAGAGUUCCUUACAGAGGCCCUGUGAUUAGAAAAUGA